AUGGCUCCCCUCCUCGUCCGCCUAAGCAGCAUUGCUCUCUCCAACGCAGGAAUAACAGAAACGACCUCCCAGUCAAACGCGACCUCCCUCCCACCAUGCCCCGACUCCCCCUCAUCAGGCGCAUUCUCAAAUUCCUGCAACCCCACACCAGACGACUACCCAGCGCACUACUCUGCCGGUCAGCUAGGUGUAAUAGGCUUCGUAUCCUGCGCAGCUGUCCUCGUAGCAGCAGGAGGCUUCCUCUGGUGGGCAUAUAAGGGUCGCCGGCGAGCAGCAAACCCCACAACGACGAGCGUCUCAGUCGGUCUCCCCCCAGCAAUAGGAGCGCAGCCAGUACCUCAAACAGUCCGGAUCCCCCGCUCAGCCUUCGCUAGGCGAAAAAAGCGCGUACCAGCGCUCGCCCGCACUCCGAGGGACAACACCUCGGAGCACUCGCACGAGCUGCAGCCUAAUCCGGCCCCUGCCCGGAAUCCGGACGGGACGAUUAGGGACGAGUGGGACGAAGAGGGUCUAGAGACGAUGGCGACGUGGGAGACGGUGGACACGCUUGUUGGGGAGAAACCGGAGGGAGAGGAGGGGAAGGACGAGACCGGGGUUGGGGAAGUGCCGAUUGCCAUCCAGCGACUUACGCUUGGCCCCGUGGCGGAGACGCGGGAAGUGCUGGCAGAGCCUACCCCGCCUUCGCCGGCAUAUCAUCCCCCUGGCGCUCAGAGAUCGCAGUACGUCCCCGUGCCAGAGGUGGACCCCAAGACGCCCACAACGCCCAGUCACCCGUCUACAAGCCGGUAGCUGCCCCUGCCUUCCGGCAGACAACACUUCCCGCCCUCGAUUUCCUCGCAUGGUCAAAAAACCAUUAAUCGUUCCCUUCCCAUCCCGAUCAUCACUCCGCACUUUCGCAAGUCACUCAAUGUACUCUAACCCCCGCACGCAAGAAAACCCAAAAAGAACGGUUCAGUCUCAGCCUUGGGUCUCUGGUUCUUCCCCUUCUUCUCACUUCACUCUCAUCUGUUGGUCCAGCUAAUCGGUCUCUGGUCUCUGGUCUCCGGUCUCUUUUCCUCCCAAUUCGACUUUGACGGCUCGGCUCUCGGCUGUGAUAUUUAUUCUCCUUCUUUGCAGUUGGUUGUCCCAUCCGCAUCCGACUGGGCCUGGGAUCCUCAUCCGGUGGGGAGGGAGGCUCUAGGCGCACAUGGCCUGUCCGUAUCUCCACAAGAGCUGGCCUUCGGGCCCUCCAGGUCUUUUCCGACUCCCAAGCGGGUCUAAUCUGUAAUUCUUCUUUCGCUUGUCACACCCGCCCGCUUGGAGCGUCUUUCAUCCACUUCCACUUCUCGUCUUCCUUCCCCUUUUUUGCACCAGCUCAAGCUCGCACAAUUAACAGUGCAUGUCAUGAAUCAUGGCAGACUGAUGUAUGUCUACUUUGUCUCUUGUCUACUUUGUCCUCUCUGUCCCGUAGGACAGGGAUAGGAACU